AUGGAACCCUUACUGUAUUACUCUCUCCUCACCGUUGCUUUCAUCCUCACCGUUAAAAUUCUUCUCCAAAUCCAAUCAAGAAGGCUGAAAAACCUCCCACCCGGUCCACCAACUCUUCCCAUCAUCGGAAACCUCCACCACCUCAAGCAACCAAUCCACCGCACCUUCUCAACCCUCUCCCACAAAUACGGCGACAUCAUUUCCCUCUGGUUCGGUUCACGUCUCGUCGUGGUGGUUUCCUCACCAUCUUUAGUCCAAGAAUGCUUCACCAAAAACGACGUCGUACUCGCCAACCGUCCACGCUUCCUCACGGGGAAGUACAUCUUCUACAACUACACAACCUUGGGGUCCUCCUCCUACGGCGACCACUGGCGCAACCUCCGCCGCAUCACAACCAUCGACGUACUCUCAAACCACCGCCUCAACUCGUUCUUGGAAAUCCGAAGGGACGAGGCCAAGAGGCUGAUACAGAAGCUUGGACAAACCACGAAACUCGAUGGUUUUACCAAGGUGGAGCUUCGGCACAGGCUGACGGAGAUGACGUUCAACUCGAUGAUGAGAAUGAUAUCGGGGAAAAGGUAUUACGGCGAAGACAUUGACGUGACGGAUAUGGAGGAAGCGAAGCAGUUCAGAGAGAUCAUAACGGAGAUGCUUUCUUUGUUGGGUGCGAAUAACAAGGGUGAUUUCUUGCCUCUGCUGUGGUUGUUUGAUUUUGAGGAUUUGGAGAAGAGAUGCAAGAGAAUUGGGAAAAGAGCUGAUGCGUUUUUGCAAGGACUCAUUGACGAGCAUCGGAAUAAGAAGAAGCAGCAUGAUGCUGAUGCUGACAGUGACACCAUGAUUUAUCAUCUAUUGAAACUGCACGAGUCACAGCCUGAGUACUAUUCCGAUCUCAUGAUUAAAGGCCUUAUUCAGGCUAUGCUUCUUGCUGGAACAGACACAUCAGCUGUAACUAUAGAGUGGGUAAUGUCUGAAUUAUUGAACCACCCCGAAGUAUUGAAGAAGGCAAAAGAUGAAAUCAACACUCAAAUUGGAAGAGAGCGAUUGGUAGAUGAACAUGAUUUGCCAAAUCUCCCAUACCUUCAAAACGUAAUCUCUGAGACACUUCGAUUGCAUCCUCCAGCUCCAUUACUACUACCCCAUUAUUCUUCAGAGAAUUGUACCAUUGGAGGAUUCAAUAUUCCACGUGACACUAUAAUUUUGACUAAUGCAUGGCUCAUUCAUAGAGACCCUAAACUUUGGAGUGAUGCCGAUAGUUUUAAGCCCGAGAGAUUUGAAAAAGAAGGUGAAGUAAACAAGUUAAUUGCAUUCGGGCUAGGAAGAAGGGCUUGCCCUGGGCUAGGUUUGGCUCAACGUACGGUGGGCUUAACCUUGGGCUUGUUAAUUCAAUGCUUUGACUGGGAACGAGAAAGUGAGGAAAAACUUGAUAUGAGGGAGGACAAAGGGAUCACCAUGCCACUGCUAAUUCCAUUUAAGGCCUUGUGUAAAGCCCGACCCAUUGUCAAUGAUGUUAUGAAUAAUUAAUUGUCUUGUAGAGUUAGUAGAGUUGUGUGAUGGUAAAAUAAUCGUGUGGGUUUUCACUAUGAAGUAGUAGGACAUGCACAAAUACAUCAUAUUUGUGCUAUAAUAAGCAUACUAAAAUUGU